AUGGUGGUGGUUAGUUCUGACCAGGUGACUGCUGAACUUUUCAUGAACCCAAAUAUCACCACCCUGGCCAAGGAUUCCACCUUGGAUGAGGUAGUCAAGACUGUGACCUCCUCAGGAGCUGUUGAGUACCCACUGGUGGAGAGUGAAGAAUCUCAGCUCUUGGUGGGCAUAAUACAUAAGGCCCAACUGUUGCCCUUCCUCCAAGCAGAGCCAGCUAUCCAAGGACCCAAGCACCAGUGGCAUCUCCAUGAGGUCCUGGCUGGGGGCUGCCCUGUGGAGCCUGUGACCCUCCAACUGUCACCCCAGACCUCCCUACACCAGGUCCACCACCUUUUUGAAAUCUUGAAAAUGGAGAGGAUUUUGGUGACAUCAAUGGGUCGAGUUGUGGGUUUCAUCUCCUGGGUGGAGCUGAAGAAGGCCAUUGCUGAGCUGGCGAACCCCCCAGCUCCUAAAUAAGGUGAUGUGGUGGAGGAGAAAGGUGUGGAAUCCACCAGCCUCAUACUGUUGGCUUAAUCAAAGAACCAGGCUAUUGCUUCUACUGCCACUUCCUAUGUUGUUCCCAAAGGCUCACACACCCUCAGUUCCCUGACACAAGCUCCAUCCCUAGCCUACUCCUGUCUCUACUAGGAUCUAAAAUUGCUAAAAUCCACAGAGGUGAUCUUACCCAAUUCAGUAGGUUGUAAGUUCCUUGAGGGUAGAAUAAUUUUCUCUUUUUUUUGUAGAGUCCCUGUUUCUAGCACUGUGCCUUGUACAUGCCUAAUAAAUUCUUGGUGAAUUAAAUAAAACACCCUCAUUUUGCGAA